UAUUUUCAUUCUCCUUUUUUAUUUGUAAUAUUAUUAAUUUUUAAACUUUUUAAAUUAUUUACAUUUAUUGUUUUCUUUAAUUUAUAAAAAAUUGAAUUUCCCUCACUAUAUUAAAAUAAACGCACGAUUUUUUAUAAUAACACUAAGAAUCAAAUUUUCGCGCAUUAAAUUUUUUUUAACAACUGUCGGUAACGAAGAAAGUGACUUACCGUCCGAAAGAGAAAAAACAGUUAUCCAUUAAUCGUCAGAACAAAAGAAGAUAAAUAUUGAACUGCAGGCAAACAUUUUGUAAAAAUUUAGAAGAUAUUUGGUAACAACUUAGCAGACGAUGUUUGGUAACAAUUUAGCUGACGAAAUUUAAUGAACAACUUAAAAUGAACACGACUUCAAUUUUUAUACAACAGUCAUUAAACUUUCAGUUUUUAUCUGUUUGUCACUAUAUUACUAUAUUUGGAGUGUAUUUUUACAACAAAGAUUUAAUUACACUUGAGGAGCGAAAUAAGUCUAUUUCUGUUUUAAAUACUUUAUUUGAUUACCUCAAUAAAUCUCAAAAUGAAUCCGAGGCGAAGCUACAACUUUUAAAAAAAGUACUAAAGGGAAGUGAUCUCUACGGUGGUGGAGAAAAUGAAACACUUGACAUGAAAUACGUUGAUGAAACAUAUCAGUACAUCAUUAGCAAGGCUCUAUUUUCUCACUAUGGAAACAUUAAUGGAUAUUUAGCUAAAAUCAUUAACAUGGCUGAUGAUAUAAAUUACUCGGUACUUAAGGAAAAGGUGUUUCAACAUCUUUCGGAAAAUUACACCAGUAGGGAAUAUUGUUCUAAUGAUAUUCCGUUAGGUAAUUACGAUUCCAAAAAUAAUCCGUUAAGGAAUUAUGGUUCUAAAAAUAAUCCGUUAGGAAAUUAUGGUUCCAUAAAUAAUUUAUUAGGGAAUUAUGGUUUUAUAAAUAAUUCCUCAUGGAAUUCUGGUUUCAAUAAUAUUCCUUUAGAAACUUAUAGUUCCAAUAAUAUUCUUUCAGAAAAAUAUAGUUCCAAACUUAACGGAUUGACAAUUCAAAAAGUUUUUGAUGAUCACAUUUGGCAAAUUUUCCCCCGACCCGAACAAGAAAUGAGUAUAAUGGAAGUAAAUUAUAUUUACGCAAUGACAGGUUUAAAAAUCAUCAAAUCCGUAUCAUCAACAACUCCGAAUCUUACCUUCCAAGAAUAUAUUCUAAUCUCCCGCGAGCUUGAUUUACAGGAUUUAAAUAACGAAACUUAUGAAAUGAUAAAAAAUUUAUUCUCAACACCAGCAUUAUUUUUCUAUGCCUAUAAUCAAAAGGCUAAAUUCCAAAAAAUAGAUGAUUUUACAAAUAGUGAAUUUUGGGCCAAAGUUUAUAAAAAUUUCUUCUCAUAUAUUAAUUCAGCUAUGGAAAAAAUUGUACAAGAAAAUAUUGAAAAUAGUUUACACAAUAAAAUUCAGUUAAAAAUGAAUAAAUUAAAAACAAGAACGCUUAUUGCUUAUGAAUUACUUUUUCUAAUAUGUGAUUAUGAAAAUAUUGAUCAAGUCUCUCGACUUAAUGUGGAAUUUUAUAAAACCUUUUAUCUUUGGAUUACACAAUUUUUCCUUCCCAAACAUUGUGAAAAAGAGAAACUUCCCGAUUUGCAAACAAAUUAUGAAUAUCAAUUCAAGGAAAUUGAGGAAUUAUACAAUAAAAUAGAAAGAAUUGCAAUUGAAAAAAUAUUAGUCGAUAGUAAAUUAAUAGAAAAAAUUAAUUUAAAUUCUACUGUUAUGUUUGCGCGAGUUCCUGAUUAUCAGCAAGGUUGCAGUUUAUGUCCACCAAUUCCACGAAAGAAAAAUUACGACAUUUUUCUUUUAUUCGCUGUUAAAGAGGAAAAAACUGAAUUUUACGCUUUGCGACAAGAGAAUAAUACACUGUCUUUAUUAAUAAACAAAGGAAACGAACGAGAGUUUGCUAAAGCAAUUGCUAAUGAUUCUUCUCUAAAAAUGGAAAUUGCAAUAUUUUCCAAAACUCUUAAAUUUAGGAAUGAAGAUUACAGAAGUUUUAUUGCCAGAGUUGCGGAUAUAAAAACAAAAUUGUUUGUAGAUAAUUUGAAAAUGCACUAUUAUGAAGAAACGGUUGGGGAGAAAUUGUUAAAUUUUGCAAAAACACUGAUUCCAUUUUACAGUUGUAUCGAAAGUGCAAAAGCAGGAAGAAUGGCAGAAUCUGCUUUUAGUUGUUCAAUGGAUGUUCUCAAUCUUAUUCCAUUUGCUGGAUGGGCGACAGAAUAUACAGUUAAAAUAGCCAAUAGUUUGGCAGUAGAAAUUGGUAAUAAAUAUCUAAUCACCAAUACAAUUGCAAGAUCAGGAAUUAUCAGCACAUUACCAAUACGUGCAGUAUUAAACGAAAUUUCCACAAUUGCUGUUCGAACCAUAGCACAAGAAAUUCUCACCAAAAGUUUUUUGACAGAUUUAACUGUAGCUUCUCUUCGAACAAUUGAUCCUGGUUUUGAAUCCGUAUACCAAAUACUUCGUUUUGGUUUAAAAGGAUUAAGGAAAUUAUUCCAGAGUAUAGUUUCUAAUUUUAAGAAAAUUCCCUCAUUUCGAAAUAUGGUUGUGUCAAUAAAUUCCUUAUUGAAGAAUAUAAAUAAAAAUUUACUAAUCGAUCAUACGGUGCCAUUGGUUUUGGCAAAUAAAAACGGUUUUAGCAUUGUUCGAUACUUUUAUCCAGGUGGAAGACACUUUUUUGGACCUACUUGCCUAACAUCAUUUGGAUACACUGCGGAAUUAAGAAGCAUCGAGGGAUAUUCAUUGCCAAUUCCAGUUGUGCAGGUAAAAUCCCCUGAUGGAAUUUUGUACAAUCAAUACAUUCCAGAAACUGGUAGUAUAAUUAACACUAAAUUUAAAAUGGAUAACAAUGAUAUUCUCUCACGGGUUGGGUAUUUAAUAGAUGAAAUGGUUAUUGGAGGAUACGAUAUUAAUGUAAUUCGUAAUUAUCACGUUUAUCAUAAUACAAUAGAAUUGAACAAAAAGCCUCUUGAGGAGAAUCCUUCUGUUAAUUUAGAUCAAGCUAGUGAUGAACGUGGAAGUCAAGAUUGGAAUUUAGUUCAGCAUCAGGAUUUAAUUCAGCAUCAGGAUUUUAUUCACAAUCAAGAUUUAAUUCAGAAUCAGCAUUUAGUUCAGAAUCAGGAAUUAUUUCAGCAUCAUGAAUUACAUCAGAAUCAAGAAAUACCUCAGCAUCAGGAAUUAAUUCAGCAUCAGGAUUUUAUUCAGAAUCAAGAUUUAAUUCAAAAUCAGCAUUUAGUUCAGAAUCAGGAAUUAUUUCAGCAUCAUCAAUUACAUCAGAAUCAAGAAAUACCUCAGCAUCAGGAAUUAAUUCAAAACCAGAAUUUAAUUCAUCAUCAGGAAUUACCUCAUUAUCAGGAAUUACAUCAGCAUCAGGAAUUAAGUAUGAACCAUGAUUUAGUUCGGAAUCAGGAUUUAAUUCAAAUUCAGAAUUUAGUUCAUCAUCAGGAAUUAUAUCAAAAUCCUGUUGAAGAAAACAUUGCACAACAAUUUACACUCAACAAUUAUCCCCAAUAUCCUAUCACUGAAUUUCAAAUUAAUUUACAAGGAACUGUUGAAGGUUUAAAUUUGCCUCCAAUGACAAAUUUAGAAUUCACCGGAACUUUAAGGAACAAUUUCCCUCAGAUUUCAAAUGACGUAUUACCUUCAACAUCAAAAAGAAUUGGUGAAUUAAAAUCUGAUGUUUUAGAAGAUUUUAAUUCAAAAACAUUAAAUGGUAUUUUAAAUACCGGUGAGCAAGUACCAUUGGUUCAUGAUAACUUUUAUAAAUACAAUACUUAUCCUUCGAAAAUUAUUUCCCAAAAAGUACAAGAACUAAUUGUUCCUUCUCAUAGUUCAAGUACAUCUAUGCUACUGAAUCCUAAUUUCUAUCUUAAUAUCAUAAAAGAACCAAAUUAUUCAAAAUAUGUAGAUAUUCUAAAAAUGUGGAAAAAUUAUGGUUUAGCAACUUUGAAAAGAGAUAAGGAGAAAUUAAAUUUUCUAUAUUUUACUGUUAAUAAAUUAGCUCUUUUACAAUUAGACGCACGACUACCUCUAAAAGUACCAAAUGAACUUUGGUAUACAAAAAUUUUAAAAGAUCAAGAAGUUAUUAAUUAUUUAAAAAUGAUUAAGGGAAAAGUAUUUUUCUUUAAUGAUAUUACUCUAUUGCAAAAUAAAGCACCUGGCAAAUUACAAUCAAGAAAAUUAAAAAACGCACCAUUAGAAACAGAAGUACGUUAUCAUUUAAAAAUUGAUCACUCUUAUGGAUUUGUCGAUUUAACAAAAUUUCACAAUGAUUUUGAAAAUAAUUAUCUUACAUUCAACGAUAUUUAUUUUACAAUGACAAAUUUCUAUUUUACCGAUAAUAAUAGAAUAUUAAAUAUUCAACUCAAUUAUCAGCAUGUUGAAAAAAAUGAAUGGAAAAAUUUAAGAGAAAAAAAUUUGGCAAUUUUAUUGGAAAAUGAAAAUAUUAUCGAAACAUCACGUAUGAUGAGUAUUUCUAAUGCUGCUAAUUUUAUAACUGAAACUCUUCCACUUUCUAAAAUGGAAACAUUAAAAAAUUCACUUUCAAAUUAUAUUUUACGAAAAACUACAAAGUAUAUAAGUUCGGCACCAACUUAUGAAACGUUUGCAAUAAAUUUAGGAAAUCCAAAAUUUCGUUAUGCUUAUGAUUUUUGGAAAAUUGAAAAUAAUCCUUACAUUAAAGAUGUGUUGUUUAAUUAUAAUUUAGAUUAUAAAAUUAAUUUACAUCAAGCACAAAAAAAAAUUUAUGAACUUUAUCAAUUUGUACAUUUGGAAAAUAUUGAAAAAACAUUUGAAAAAUAUAAAACAAUUUUCAAUGUUGAACGUCAUAUUCGUUUUGAGGAUUAUUAUGCACUUUAUUCUGUUAUUGAAAAUACAUUCUUGAGAAAUAAUGAUGGAAUUAGAAGAUUUGAAGUUGCAGUUAAUCGUCUUGGAUUAAGACAAUGUGAUAAUGAAGAAUUUAUUAUGACACCAAUAACAUUACAUCGUGGUGAAUUAAUAACAAGAGAAAUAUCGGAAAAAAUUUUCAAAUUAUUUAAAAACAAAAAUAUUUUUAUAUUUGAUAAUUUUAAAAAUUUCUCACCAAAUCGUGAUAUUGAAUUUAUUCAUUGUUUACAUAAUGGUGAUUUAGAACAACAAAUUCCAUUGUUAAUGGAGAUAAAAUUAAAAAAUCAAGCUGGUGUUGUUGAUGUUAGUCGUAUUUUAAAUUUUAGUAAUACAUUUCAUGUUGUUGUUGCUGGUUUAGAAUUUUUAAUAGAUGAUGUGAAAUUUGAAACAAUUUUUCAUCAGAAAAUAAUGAUUAUGAAAAUGCAUGACUAUACAUCGACGGAAAGAAGAAUGAUUCAAAUGUCAAGGAAAUUGGAAAAAUUAUUUUCAACAAAUACUAAAUUUUUUUCAGAUGCAGUUUGAAAAAAAAAAAUUCACC